CAGCAGGAGUGAGCUGUCAGUCAAAGGACAUUUAAAUGGCUACACUGUGCAGAACUGUACAGUCGCUCGCGCUGUCAUGAAAUAACUUCAUUCUUUUUUCACUCCCGUUCAUUUAAUAGCGGUUUGCUUUCCUGCAUUACUCGUGUUGCAAACAAAGAUUUAAUUCACUCGUAUAUAUACAUCUGCGCACGAAAAGCCCCCAAAAAUGAGCGAGGAGGAAGAUACACUGGUGAAAACUAGGCAUGCAUUUGAAGAUCUGUGUCGAGCUCUGAAUAUGGAUGAGGAGUCGAGUAACAGGGCAUGGAGGAGUUAUGAAAAUAUCAGCAAAAAUUACACUCUGGAGGGUAGUGACCUGCACUGGUUGGCGUGUGCUCUGUAUGUGGCCUGCAGGUCUUCAGUGCCCACUAUAGGUAAAGGCACAACGGAGGGCAACUACGUCUCUCUGACCAGGAUACUGCGCUCCUCACAACAGAGUCUGAUCGAGUUUUUCAAUAAAAUGAAGAAAUGGCAAGAUAUGGCCAACCUGCCCAUUGAGUUCCAGCAGAGCACAGAGAAACUGGAGAGGAACUUCACCGUCACGUCUGUCAUCUUUAAGAAAUAUGUGCCCUUAUUCAAAGACAUCUUCAAGGCGCCCACUGAUGAAUUACCCAGAACGCACAGAGGCAGGAAACAGAGACGGCAUCCCUGCACUGUCACUGAGGUGUUCAAUUUCUGCUGGAUCCUGUUCAUACAUGCCAAAGGAAACUUCCCAAUGAUCAGUGAUGAUCUGGUGAACUCGUAUCAUCUGCUCCUGUGUGCUCUGGAUCUAGUUUACUGCAACGCACUUCUGUGCUCUACUCGUAAAGAUCUGCUCAACCCAGCCUUUAAAGGGUUGCCUGAGGACUUCAACAGUAAAGAUUAUAAGCCAGGCCCAGGCUCAUUAUGUUUCAUAGAGCAGCUGUGUGAGCUUCAUGAUGGUCUGGUGCUGGAGGCCAAAGGAGCAAAGGAGCAUUUCUGGAAACCCUUCAUCAAGAAACUCUUUGAGCGCAAGGUUUUGAAAGGAAAAGAAGACACGCUGACAGGAUUUUUGGAGCCAGUGAAUUUUGGUGACAGUCUAGCUUCUCUGAACCGUGUGUACGAGGAACAUGUGUUAUCAUCCGGUUCUCUGGAUGAGAGAAUAUUUCUGGGAGAAGCAGCCAGAGAAGACAUUGGUACCCCAGGACCUUGUUUCUAUGAAGGGAUAGAGAACCAGGAACAACCGACCAACCCCCUACAGAACUCUAUGACAGCGUCUGCUCUGAAAGUGUGUACUCCUUUGACAGGAAGGAGGUACGUCCCAGAGAGCAGCGUGGGUACCCCCGUUUCCAUGGCGAUGCAGAGUGUGGGCCGUCUGCACACGCUGCUGACAGGAUUCAAAUACAGACCCAGCAUCAGACUAAGAGACAUAUUCAGAUCUUGUGUAAGAGACCCCAGUGAGUCCAUAGCAGCCAGGCUGAAGGAUAUGUCAGAGAUUUUUCUUCAGAAUUAUGAGGGAACAGGAGAGGAGAACAAGAAUCUGGCAAGAGAUGUUGCAGUGAAGUAUUUUUGCUUGGCUGAGGCACUUUAUUACAAAUCACUGGAAGUGAUCAUCAACCAGGAGAAGAAAAGGCUUGGAGACAUGGACCUGUCUGGCAUUCUAGAGCAGGACGUAUUCCACCGGUCACUGAUCGCCUGCUGUCUGGAAAUCGUCAUCUUCUCAUAUAGACCACCGGGAGAGUUUCCCAGAGUCCUGAAAAUCUUUGACCUCCCUGCUUAUCACUUUUACAAGGUGAUUGAGGUGUUGGUACGGGCGGAGGAGGGUCUUUUCCGGGAGGUAGUCAAACAUCUGAACCAUGUUGAGGAGCAGGUAUUGGAAUCCUUGGCAUGGAAAGGAAACUCCCCGCUGUGGGAGAGCAUCCGAGAGGCCAAGAACUGCGUUCCUGCCUGCCAGGAGGUAAUGCCUCCUCAACACCUGGAGGACGGUUCAGGAAGCAACACACACACUCCCAACAAGAGUGAGUUCAGCAGUAAUAUAGCAGGAGCAGGAAAAGGAGUUUCUCCAUCCCCUACGUCUCUCCAUGACCGCUAUAGCUCGCCCCCUACUGGCACGGCCUGUCGUCGCCUCUUUGUCGAUGGCGAAACAACCUCUGAGCCUUCUCAACCUGUCAAAGUGGCCCAACAAUCUCUGGUCAGCCCCAUCCCAGCUGGACAGACUGUGGUCACCAUGGCAACAGCUACUGUCACAGCAAACAACGGCCAGACUGUCACCAUACCUGUUCAAGGAAUAGCAAAUGAGAGCGGCGGCAUCACAUUUAUCCCGGUGCAGGUGAGCGUGACGGGUCAGAGUGGGGGGGCUCUGCCAACCCUCAGUGCCCAGGCUCUGACGGGCACCCUGACCGCCCAGCAGCUGACGGCAACGGCCACAGGCACGGUCCAGAGCCACCCCAGCCCUGCCAAACAGGACAAGAAGAACCCUCAGCAGGGAACACCCACCAAACGAGCACAAAAGACCGGCUCUCUCUGCCUGUUCUUCCGCAAGGUAUAUCACCUCGCUAGUGUGCGUCUCAGAGACUUGUGUGCUAAACUGGACAUCAGCGCAGAUCUGCGCAGGAAGAUCUGGACAUGCUUUGAGUACUCACUAGUGCACUGCACUGACCUGAUGAUGGACCGACAUCUGGACCAGCUCCUCAUGUGCGCCGUCUACGUCAUGACUAAGGUGACGAAAGAGGACAAGUCCUUUCAGAACAUCAUGAAGUGCUACAGAUCUCAACCUCAGGCCAGCAGCAGUGUGUACAGGAGUGUGUUGAUCUCUGGGAGGAGGAGACGCCACUCAGGAAACAGUGAAAACACCCACAGACAGUGCUCACCCACCGAAGGAGCACAAGAACAAGCCAGCGGUGAGAGCAGUCCCGUGUCCAUGCGCUCCAGCAGUACUCUGCCCAUUCCCCAGCCCAGCAGCGCCCCCUCCACCCCGACCCGGGCCCCCGGGGGCCCCCAAGAGCAGGAGGAGGAGAGGGGAGACCUCAUUCGUUUCUACAACCAUGUCUACAUCAAACAGAUCAAACCGUUUGCUCUGCGUUACUCCAGCAACUCACCGAAAAAUGGGGCUGAAGCUCCUCCCCUCUGUCCGUAUCCGUCACUCCGCAUUGGCUCUCCACGCCGGGUCCUCCUGUCCCACAAUCACUCCAUCUACAUCUCUCCACACAAAACCGGCAGCCCAAUUUCUCCUCGAGACAAGAUUUUCUACUACGUCAGCUCCAGCCCAUCUAACCGCCUGCGAGAGAUCAAUGUCAUGAUCCGUACGGGCGAGACGCCCACUAAGAAGCGAAGUAUCGCCCUGGAAGAAGAGCAGCAGUCUCCCGCCAAAAGACUCUGCCAGGAGAACCAGACGGCCCUGCUCAGACGCCUACAGGACGUGGCCAACGACCGCAGUUCAUCCCACUGAUGUGUCCACAACACCCAAAAUAUACAACCACCCAAAAAUACAUCGAUUCACUUACCCAAAGCCACUCAAACAUGCCAUUUAUAUUUAAAGGAAUAGUUCACACCAAAAAAAAUAAAUCGCUCAUUAUUCUGUUUCUUAAUCUUAAUUCCCAUGACUUAUUAAUUCAAGCUCACUUUCUAUUAAUUCAUUCCCUCGUUUGAGGUAAAUCAUGGCCAUGUUAUAACUAUUUGUUCCCUCGUUUUAAUUUAAAAACUGAAAAAUGGCCACAAUUUAACUAAAACAAGGGGGCAAAUUAGUACAACAUGGCCACGAUUUACCUAAAAUGAGGAAAUGAAUUAAGAAUUUGUUCCCAUGACUAUUAAUUUAUCACCAAGUUCUACUAAUUAGUUCCCUCAUUUUAGGUCAAUCGCGGCCAUGUUGUACUAAUUUAUUCCCUUGUUCUACCAUACAGGUUAUGCGCAACAAUCUUCUAUAUUCUGUAAAGCAGGUCGCAUCACUUCCGGUUCAGGUCUUCGUUAAAUAUAAUGCUGUUUUACUCAAGACGCCUUCAAAGGAGCGAGCAUAACCAAUGCCCAUCGCAUAUGCACAUUUAUAUCAAAAAGUUUUUUAUUUUUCUUCUUCUCACUCAUAUGAUGUUUUUUAAUGUUUUCCUGUAGUGUGUGAUGUAUCUGUUUGUGCAUGUAUACGAUCUACAAAGCUCAUAGUCUCCCACAAAGUGAUUUAUUCUAGAGAACACUGAUCCAGACCUGCCUAAAAUGAUACAAGUCCAGAUAUUACUUCCUCAAACUUCCACGUCACAAUGUGAAAUAUUGGCAUAAUGCCCGCCCAAAGGCAUAUGCAUAGAAAGAAUACGAAGCUUCAUUGAAUUAUAGUGUUGUCGCCAUGUCUCGGAGACACUGUUGUGUUUGGAUGCAAAAGCUAAACAGCUGUAUUAUUCAUGCCAGGCCAGUAGGUGGCGAUGUCACUUUGUAAAGAAACACUACGUGCCUGUAGACUGAACAGGUAAUACACAUGCACAUGACCAUUUUCACAGAUUAUCGUUUUUGUUAAGGCAGGAACACACCAAGCCGACGGUCGGCCGUCGGGCAGUUUUUUGUUCGUCGACCGACUAAGUUUUCUCAGUGUGUUCCGCACCGUCGGCUGAAGUUGGUCCUCGUCAGCUUUUUUUCAGCCGAUUCGAAAUGUUGAAUCGUUGUUGGAGCCUGCGGUCCAUCGGGCUAUCUGAUCAUUCUGAUUGGCUGUUCAGAUACUGCCACCUGCUGGUUCGGAAAGGCAUUUCAUCUUACGCAGGCACAGAACUGACAUGUUACUUGGCCGUACGCUGCCGACGUGAGCCAACCCCGCAGUCUGCUUUUCGUCGAACUUGGUGUGUUCUGGCCUUUACAUGAAGAUAAUAACGGUAUUGUUUUCAAAAACUUGCAGUUUGAAUCAUGUUUUCAAAAGUUUGCAUUUUCAGGCCCGAAAAACGCUGUUUUCAUGUAAAUUAAUGGCCAAAAUGCAUUCCGAUCGAUGGGCUUGAUCAUUUUGAAUGUUUGCGUUUUCAGAAUCCGACUCAGGCUUGAACUGAUACGGUAAUAUUGAUGAAAUUAUCGUGUGUUUACAGUUGCUUUAGAAGGUAAGGGCUGUUACAUUUCCGACACACGCUUGAGGUGUUUGUCCAAUCACAAGUUAAUGCACUGGCCAAUCAGAGCACUCUGAGCUUUUCGGAAGGAGGGGCUUUGAAGAAACCAGCGCGUUUCAGACAGACUGGGAAUAGAGGGGCUGUUAUAAUGGACAGCAUUUCAAAAAUAAAGUGUUUUUGAACAUUAAA